AUUUGAUCGAGAUUUUUAAUGGGUAAUUGUUGUACAUCCCCCAAAACUUCCGAUGAGAAAAUCAGGGGAAAGCACAAACCGAAUCCUUUCUCAAUCGACAAUGGCGGCCACGCAGUACCAAACGGUGGGUUCAAAUCGUUUGUAUUGACCAAUCCAACGGGGCAUAAUAUCGAAGAGUUUUACGAACUGGGGCGCGAGCUCGGACGGGGUGAAUUCGGUGUCACGUAUUUGUGUACCGAUAAAACCAGUAAGGACGUGUUUGCCUGUAAAUCGAUAUCGAAGAAGAAGCUGAGGACGAGAGUGGAUAUCGAAGAUGUUAGGAGGGAAGUCGAGAUCAUGAAGCAUUUGCCUAAGCACCCGAAUAUUGUUAGCUUGAAAGAUACUUACGAGGACGAUUACGCCGUCCACUUGGUUAUGGAGUUGUGUGAGGGCGGUGAAUUGUUCGAUAGGAUCGUUGCGAGGGGGCAUUAUACUGAAAGGGCUGCUGCAGCCGUGACUCGUACGAUUGUCGAAGUUAUUCAGAAUUGCCAUAAGCACGGGGUCAUGCAUCGCGAUCUAAAGCCCGAAAAUUUCUUAUUUUCAAAUAACAAAGAGACGGCACCGCUCAAGGCCAUCGAUUUCGGGCUCUCGGUUUUCUUCAAGCCCGGCGAGAGAUUCAACGAGAUUGUAGGAAGUCCUUAUUACAUGGCUCCUGAGGUACUCAAAAGAAACUACGGUCCAGAAGUCGAUGUUUGGAGUGCCGGUGUCAUUCUUUAUAUCUUACUUUGUGGUAUUCCGCCUUUUUGGGCUGAAACUGAACAAGGAGUUGCCCAAGCAAUCAUUCGUUCGGUUGUGAACUUCACAAGAGACCCUUGGCCUUUGGUUUCCGAUAAAGCAAAGGAUUUGGUCAAGAAAAUGCUAAACCCUGAUCCGAAACAGAGGCUUACAGCGCAAGAAGUCUUAGAUCAUCCUUGGUUACAGAAUGCGAAGAGUGCUCCGAAUGUUUCUCUGGGUGAAACUGUGAGAGCUAGGCUUAAACAAUUUUCGAUGAUGAAUAAGUUGAAGAAAAGAGCCCUUAGGGUGAUUGCUGAGCAUUUGUCGGUGGAGGAAGUGGCGGGAAUUAAAGAGGGGUUCCAAUUGAUGGAUACGGGCAACAAGGGCAAAAUCGACAUUCAUGAAUUGAGAGCUGGCCUCCACAAGCUUGGCCAUCAAAUACCCGAAUCUGAUAUUCAAGUUCUUAUGGAAGCUGGGGAUGUGGAUAAGGAUGGAUAUCUGGAUUGUGCGGAGUUUGUUGCGAUAUCUGUACACCUAAGGAAAAUGGGUAAUGAUGACCAUUUACGAAAAGCCUUUCAAUUCUUCGAUAGAAACGAGAGUGGGUACAUUGAGAUUGAAGAGCUGAGAGAUGCCUUUGCUGACGAGGCGGAAGCAACCAGUGAAGAGGUCAUUAACGCAAUUAUUCAAGAUGUCGACACUGACAAGGAUGGAAGAAUAAGUUUUGAGGAGUUUGCUGCAAUGAUGAAAUCGGGCACAGAUUGGAGAAAGGCGUCGAGGCAAUAUUCUCGUGAACGAUAUAAUAGUCUCAGCUUGAAAUUGAUGACGGAUGGAUCUUUACAAAUGAGCAACGAAGCUUAGUUAGGGAAGAAAGAUUGAACGAAACAUCUACGCAAACGCGUCUCGUUUUUUUCUGUUGGUUAUGCUUUAUAAUUUAUAUUGCCUGUUUUGUUUUGUUUGGAGGAGGGAUGAAAAAAUGUGAAGCAUUGUUUUUUUUUUUUUUUUUUUUUUUUUCUUGGAAAUGUUUAUAGUUGUAAAUAUUGCUACUAAACAUAAUUCAAUUUAUCUGUCCAAAAGCUUCUUAUUUAAAACGUUUUCUUGUCCGAUCAGAUAAAUUAAUAAUUUCGCUUGAUUAAUAA